AUGACAACCCCUACAGAUGCAACAAAUAAGAUUCCUGCAAAAACCACACCAGAUGUUCAAAAAGACGACGUGUUUACGGAAUGGCGGAGUCGGAAGGCAUCUAUCAACGCCUUUAGUGGUCUGAAACCUCCAGGAGAUAUUAGCAGCCGACGUAAAUCCAAUCUGCGGGAUUUGACCACCCACCUUGCAGGCGCAAGAGGGGCUGGAUUGAGACGGCUCACGAUGUCUAUACGGGCAAAAUCAGACAUUUCCGCUGACAUGGUCAAGCCGACUGUGAAGAAGGAAAACACGUACAGAAUGAGACCUGAUGAUGACAAGGGAUUUUCUGUGGCAAAAGUAGAAAAAGCUGUGAAAGAGCUGUUUGAAGACGAGUUAGAAGGUGUAGAGUACAGUCACGAUACUUCGAGCAAACUCGCAUGUGAGAUUUCAGAAAAGGUUAAAGAGAGGGUGAAAGAUUUUAAUUUUGCGCGUUUCAAAAUUUCAGUAAAUGUGAUCGUUGGACAGGUUGAUGACCAAGGUAUGGAAGUUGUUAGUCGGUGUGUUUGGGAUGACAAACUGGACCGUAGUGUUUGUGUUACCUUCAAAAAUAAAUCUUUAUAUGUGAUCGCGCUUAUAUUUGGUGUGUAUUUUGAAUGA